AGAAUAAAAAGAAACCACUGUGGCGUUACAACGUCAGCAGGUUUUAUUCAACGAUAGAUUUUGCCGGAAAGCCUCCGAUUCAUUGCCCAUUUGUUUACAACGCGAAAACAGUUCGUAUGUGGCAGAAUGAUCUUUUUUAUACAAGAUUCGCUGCUGUUUGUAGCCAAGGCGCUGAGUACGCCAGUCGAGCAGAUCCAGUUCGUCUUUUGCAUGCUGUUAUGUUUCCCGCUUGGAUCCGUAUAUCGCACAACAUUGCAUCCGAAAAGGGUGUCAGCAAAUACACGCUUGGCAAUGACAAUACUUUGGGGCCUUUUUUUAGGCUGGAUAUGUUUAGGAAGCGAAAUGAUUAUCCUGAUUCUAGUGUGUGCACUCUGUUACGGGUUCACAGUGAGUGUUAAUCCAAAGAAAGUCCACAAGGUCGUCAUUGUGGUAUCUUUGAUCUGGUUGUCAGUGGGACAAAUAGCCCGGAUGAUCCUUUACUAUGGAAUCAAUAGAUUUGACUACUCCGGCCGCCUGAUGAUCAUGUUUCAAAAAGUGACAUAUUUGGCAUUCAGCUUACAUGAUGGGCUUGGAAGACGGGCAGUUGAACUUUCGAAGGAUCAAAAAGAGCAGAGAAUUCAACGCAUCCCUUCACUACUGGAGUACUUUGGGUACAUGUUUCACCACAGCACGCUGUUAGCAGGUCCUGUAUGUACUUUUAAUGACUUCAUGGACUUUAUUGAAGGGCGCGACAUCGCAAGUGCUACAGAUCAGGAAACCAAAAAGGAACCUUCACCAACGAAUGCUGUUGUAACGAAGCUCGCCUCAAGUCUUCUGUGUCUGGUCCUCUUCUGCAUUUUGUCCAAAAUAUUUCCUUUCCAUCUUACUGCAGAUUCCAGUUUCAUUGCCAAUAGUUCUUUCUUGUGGAGAAUGGCUUUUGCGUUUCUUGCCAUGUUCACUACACGUUUUAAGUAUUAUUUUGCUUGGAUUAUCGCGGACGCAGUAAAUAACGCAUGCGGCUUAGGAUUCAAUGGUUAUGAUCCAAGCGGGCGAGAGCUUUGGAACAAAAUGACAAACGUUUAUCCAGUGGAUUUAGAGAUAUCCACGAACUUCAAAGACUUGUUGAACAACUGGAAUAUAACAACAAAUCUUUGGCUUAAAAGGAUUGUUUAUCAGCGAGUAUCUCACCAUAGAACGUACUUCACUUUAGCUGUAUCUGCCAUAUGGCAUGGAUUUUAUCCCGGUUAUCUUUUGGCAUUGUUAGUUUCUAUAUUACUCAUAGUAGCUGACAGAAAGGUGCGACAUGCUUGUGACGACCUUCGCGGAAGGACAUCUCCGUUGAUCAAUAGCUUGUUGCAAUUUCUUCAGUGGAUGGCUUGUAACCCUCUAUGUGCCUCCUAUUGUUUGGCAGCGUUUGUGCUGCUGAGAUUUGAUCUCUCAAUGAAUUUCUACAGGUCGACGUAUUUCAUUGGUCAUAUUCUGUUGAUUACAACACUGAUCAUCUGCCCUAGUGGCAAACCAAGGCCUUCCCAUGAUGCUAGAGGCGCAAACGGUUCAGUGACGCCCAGCGGAUCCUUCCAAUUCGAACUGAACCACAAGGGUGAUUCUCUUCCAAGUUUGGCCAACAACAAUGCCUUACAUCGAAAAUUAAAGUGAAAAAACAA